AUGGCAAAACUCUUAGCGACCUAUACCAACGGAAGAGCGAACAUUGUCAUCGUCGGACGAAACCAGGCCGCUGCAGACCGCAUCGUUGCAUCUUUCCCCGAGCCAUCCUCUCCGAACGAGACAAAUAGCAUCACAGUCAAACACGAGUUCAUCCAGUGCGAUGUGUCGUUCAUAUCCAACGUGCGAGUUGCCGUCGAAGAGAUCAAGAAGCGGUACAGCAAGAUCAAUAUGCUCGUAUGCAGUGCCGGGGCUCUUGCAAUGUCGCAAAAGAUAACAACCGAAGGACUUGACGAGUCGCAUGUGCUCCGGACAUACGCCCGCACCAAGUUCAUUUACGAACUUCAGCCACUGCUCUCCAAUGACAGGGCUGCCGGUGAGGAUGCACGAGCAAUGAUUAUCCUCAAUGCCGCCACGAGCAACAAGGUCGACCUCGAAGAUCUGGACAUCAAGAAAUUCUCUAUGAUAAGCGUGAACAAAACAACCGCGUCGUAUAAUGACGUCUUCGUCAAAGUCAUGGGCGAACGCCAUCCGGACUUGGCGUUUAUCCACAUCUUUCCUGGAGGUACUGACAUGCCAGGUCUGCAUAAAACGUGGUACCUGAGUCUUGCGGCUACUCUCGCAAAACCUCUACUUCGGAGACUGGAAGAUGCCGCGUCUUCGAUGCUUUAUCCGUUGCUUCACCCGUACUAUAGUCAGGGAGGCUUUUGGCUUACGAAGGAUGCGGACAAGCUCACACUGGGGAACAGCAUCAACGACAAGGUGACAGAGAAGGUUUGGGAUCAUAUUGUCUCUCGCGCACAACUCGAGUAA